AUGGCAACUGUUGUAAAAACAAACUCAUAUCAACGUCGACUACCCAGAACAAAUUCACAAAUUGCUAAUUCUACUACUCGUGUUUAUUUACCAUUCGCAGAAUAUCUGGCGUCUUUUGAUCCACAAUCCAUGUCUUCAUCGGUUUUAACAACGUCCACGAAUAAUUAUCAUAAUACAAACACAUCGUCGACAUUAAAAAUUGAUAUUAUUACGAGUAAUACAACUUCAUCUCUAUUGAAUUCAACUACUCUAUAUAAUAUACAAAAACGAUACAUAUGGAAAUAUGUAUUGUAUUUUACUUUCUUUUGUAUUUUACUCAUUGUACUUCGAAUACUUAUUCGUCAUUUAAGUGCAUGUUAUCGAACUUUUCGUGUUGAAAAGUAUCACAAAAAAUUACAAGAUGAUUCUACAUCUUUAGACUAUUUAACAGUGCCAACCGAUACUGGAAUUCAUAAAAAUAAUAAUAAUUCUGAAAACGAUAACAGUUAUGUAGCAUUUGCUUCGAAUCAAAUAUCGUUAGGCGGAUCUGUCAUAACAUUAUUUCCUGAUUAUAUAUGA